UCUCUCUAGUCUAUCUAUCACCAGGGAAAAAAUGUUUUCAAGGAACCAUCUCUUAGCAUGUUGUAUGCUCCUAGCUACGCUCAUGAUCGUGCAUGCUCAACACACUCAUGAUGGCGAUGAUGCACCAUCCUCUUACUUCACUCCUCCAUCGAUGGAUUCUCGUGAAGCUUCUCUUCCUUCUUCUCACCGAUCACUUGGUGCUGCCUAUUACAAGAGAUCACCACCUCCACCACCACCAAAAAAGGCUGUAAGAGAAGAAUCAGGAACCCAAACCGGAAUCUAAAUCAUUAAACGUGGAGAAAAGACUCGUAAGUUGGUGUCAUGUUUUAAGGCUCUCGUCGGUUUUGUCUUUCAUGUCGAACUCUGUAUUUGUUUUCUCUAUAUACUACUCUGUGUUUGUAUUACCUUCAUCCUUGUUGACAAUAAAGGUUACAUGAUUGUUUUAAGACU